GAAGAUGGUUGGGGUGGAGAUCCUUAUCUCUUCUCAAACUCACACUCAUGGAGGCCAGAGGCUCGCUCCUGCCGAGCCAUGGGGUUGAGUCUGACAUAGACACCGAAAUCUUGAUUGCUAAACUAUCACUAGAGGAUAUAGAAGAGAUUGGGCUAUCCCGCAAGGGAAAAGGUCGCGCUGAUGCCCUCCUUACUGACGAAGAGGUGGCCCUGCAAAGUCAAGCGGAAGAUCUCCAAGUUUUCUUAAAGGCUUUGGCUGAUCAUCGCUUUGCUAUCAGCCUUGACGAGGCUGUACGUGCAGAUGGAGAGCAACUUCAGUUUUUGGCUGCCCUUGACCAAGGAGAAAUCGACGACCAUGAGGCUGCCCUAGCUUUAUCGCGUGGUGAAGAUCUACCACUUCCAACCGUUUUUCAGCGUUCAUUGGAUGAGGGUGUUGGUGUCAAUUCAUUCCAAUGCAAGGAUACAAGCGGCAGUGUGGUUUCUGAAGUUGGCAGUGGCAAUAGCUCUACUGAGAUGCUUACAGCAUCAAAACUCGCAACAACUAGUGCGUCAGGGACUUCUUCUCGCAAAGAAUGUAUUAUCUGUGGGGAUGCCAUCAAGAAUACGAAUACUUUCUAUUCCCGCAGCUACCAUGCCCCCUGUGACCAUAACUAUUGUCGCAGUUGCUUGGUGAAUUUGGUCGAGGCGGCCACCCGGGAUGAAUCGCUUUACCCACUACGCUGCUGCCACCAGAAUUUUCUCAUGGAGGCAGUCAACCCAUUUCUGACUUUCGAGCUUCGAGUGCGAUUUUCAGAGAAGUCUGCCCAAUUUUCAGUCCCGCCAAACUCAAGAGUCUACUGCACAAAACCAACAUGCUCAGCUUUCCUUGGUGCAGCUGGAAAACACCGCGUAGAUCUAGUUUGUGUUCAAUGCCGGACAAUAGUUUGCUCUGGUUGCAAAAAUGAGGCGCAUCCGAACGAGGAAUGCGCUGAAAACAAGUCUACAUUGGAAGUGAAGGCUCUAGCUGCGGAUCAGCAUUGGCAGACUUGUCCUGGCUGCCAUAUCAUUGUCGAACUCAGUCAAGGCUGUUACCACAUGACUUGCCGAUGUUCAGCACAGUUCUGCUACCUCUGCGCUGCUCAGUGGAAGCAGUGUACGUGUCCUCAGUGGGACGAAGAAAGGCUCUUAGGCGAUGCAAAUAGACGGGUCAUAAACGAGUUUGGGGCAGCUGAAGCACAAAGACAGCCAUUAGUACACGCGGGAAGGGUGCGCCAAAGAGUGCAUGAACUUCGGUACAAUCACGAGUGUGUAGGACACGUAUGGAGAUACAGACAUGGUGGGGGACAAUGUGAGGAGUGUUUUUAUGAUCUUCCCUCGUAUCUGAUGCGUUGCAGGUAUUGCCAGAUGUUAGUCUGUAAGCGGUGUUCUGUGAAUCGAUUGUAAAUUUCCAGUAGUCUUACCAGCAAUAUGAACCGCAAUAU